CGCGAAUAUAUCUAUUCUAAUAUUAAUAAUAAAAUUGUAGUAAUAAAAGAUAAAGUGAAUCUUCCAAUGAUUUCACGUGUGGUAUAUUUUGAUUGGUCACACAAACAAAAUGUGGUAAAGCCAAUAACAUUACCACUACUAUUUUAGGAUUAUUUAUAAAAAGUAGAUACUUUUCGUAAACGAAUUUGCACGAUUGUGUGAUAUAUAAAAAUAAUUUUUUAGUGAUAAAUACGAUUAACAUGAGAUAAUGUGAAAUCUUACAUAUAAGAGAUUAUAAACUUGCCGAUGAGAUCCUGUACAUGAUUUUUAACGUGACACACAAAUUGGUCUUUAUAACACACAUAUACAUAAACUGUUUGCCUUAUAUAUGAACUUCUACUAGAAAGUUACAGUAUUAUAUACGUCAAGACAAGUUUGCAAUCGAAUUUGAAAUAAGAUUGAAUGGAUAUCUGAAAUCUGGAAACAUUGCAUCCUGAUUGGUACCUACCACAUUCAUGAAAAAGGUUUCAGUUACUAUGUCAAAGUCCUUCUUACAUUUUAUACAUGAUUAGUAAUACCACAUAACAGUCUACUUUUAUUUUUCGCACAUGAUCCACAAGGUGUGCAUCUUAUAAGAAACAUGCCUCUGUUCGGAAAGUCUCAAAAAAGUCCGGCGGAGGUGGUAAAGGCUCUCAAGGAAGCAGUAAAUGCAUUGGAGCGGGGUGAUAAGAAGGCUCAAGAGGAUGUCAGCAAAAAUCUUGUACACAUAAAAAAUAUGUUAUAUGGAACUGCUGAAACUGAACCACAGGCAGAUAUUGUUGUGGCUCAAUUGGCACAAGAAUUAUAUAACAGUAAUUUAUUGUUAUUGCUUGUGCAAAAUCUAAGUCGUAUUGACUUUGAGGGAAAAAAAGAUGUUGCUCAAGUUUUUAAUAAUAUUUUAAGAAGACAAAUUGGAACAAGAUCUCCAACAGUGGAAUAUAUAUGCACCAAACCAGAAAUCCUGUUUACUCUUAUGUCUGGUUACGAGCAUCAAGACAUUGCAUUAAACUGUGGCACUAUGUUAAGAGAGUGUGCAAGAUAUGAAGCAUUGGCAAAAAUUAUGAUAUAUUCAGAUGAUUUUUACAAUUUCUUCAGAUAUGUAGAGGUGUCUACAUUUGAUAUAGCAUCUGAUGCGUUUUCUACGUUUAAGGAAUUACUUACAAGGCACAAAAUUCUAAGUGCUGAGUUUCUAGAAGUUAAUUAUGAUAAAGUUUUUUCUCAUUAUCAAAGGUUAUUGAAUUCUGAAAAUUAUGUAACAAGACGACAAAGUUUGAAAUUGUUGGGUGAGCUUUUGCUUGAUAGACACAAUUUUACAGUUAUGACACGAUAUAUUUCAAACCCUGAUAAUCUAAAACUUAUGAUGAAUAUGCUUAAAGAAAAAUCACGGAAUAUACAAUUUGAAGCAUUUCAUGUAUUUAAGGUAUUCGUUGCUAAUCCAAAUAAACCUAAACCAAUCCUUGAUAUACUUCUUCGUAAUCAGGAAAAGUUGAUAGAAUUUCUAACGCGCUUCCACACAGAUCGUUCGGAAGAUGAACAGUUUAAUGAUGAGAAAGCGUACCUAAUAAAACAGAUCAAAGAACUUAAAUCUGUACAUGAAAAUUAAGUCAAAAAUACAACUACUGCUACAGCUACUGUUAUUAUUACAAUCAA